GGUGGGUGUGUCCUGUGGGCUGGGAAACGCGCCCUGUGACCCAGCUCCAUGCCGGAAGCUGGGGCGUGGCCAGCGGUGGGUUGCUCCUGCGUCCGCUCGAAGAUGGUGGAGGAGGAGAGUGUCCGCGUGGUUCAUUGUGGCGGCAGCGAGUUGAACUUCAGAAGAGCAGUAUUCUCUGCCGACUCUAAGUAUGUCUUCUGCGUCUCCGGGGACUUUGUAAAAGUUUAUAGCACAGCCACAGAAGAGUGUGUGCACAUCCUGCAGGGACACAGAGACCUGGUGAGCGGGAUCCAGCUCAACCCCAGCAACCAUCUGCAGCUGUAUUCUUGUUCCUUUGAUGGCACAAUUAAAUUGUGGGACUAUCUGGAUGGCAUUUUGAUAAAGACUUUCCUUGUUGGACAUAAACUUCAUGCCCUCUUUACUCUCACCCGUGCUGAGGAUUCUGUCUUUGUCACAAUAAACAAAGAAGAACCAGAUGUAUUUCAGCUGGUUUUGGUGAAACUACCAAAAUCCCCAAGCCAGGAAAUAGAAGCUAAGGAGCUGUCUUUUGUUUUGGAUUACAUAAACCAGUCUCCCAAGUGCAUUGCCUUUGGACGUGAGGGAGAAUAUGUUGCUGCAGUACGGGACUUUUACUUGUCUGUUUAUUUUUUCAAAAAGAAAACAAUAUCAAGGUAUUCUUUAUCAUCAUCAAAAAAUAAGAAACAUGCCAAGAACAAUUUUACAUGUGUAGCAUGCCACCCAAAGGAAGACUGCAUCGCAUCCGGUCACAUGGAUGGCAAAAUCCGUCUCUGGAGAAAUUUUGAUGAUGACAGAAAAUACACUUACACAUGUUUACAUUGGCACCAUGAUAUGGUUAUGGAUUUGGCUUUUUCAGUGACAGGCGCCAGCCUGCUGAGCGGCGGGAGGGAGUGUGUGCUCGUGGAGUGGCGCGACUCAGUGGAGAAGAACAAGGAGUUCCUGCCACGAUUAGGAGCCACUAUCGAGCACAUCUCGGUCUCCCCGGCUGGAGACUUGCUCUGUACUUCUCACUCUGAUAACAAAAUAAUGGUAAUUCACCGAAACCUUGAUACAUCAGCAGUAAUUCAAGGCCUAGUAAAAGAUAGAAGUAUCUUGACUGGUUUGAUGAUUGAUCCAAGAACUAAAGCUUUAGUUUUAAAUGGAAAGCCUGGUCACCUGCAGUUUUAUUCUCUCCAGAGUGAUAAGCAGUUAUACAAUUUAGAUAUUGUGCAGCAAGAAUAUAUCAACGAUUCCGGUUUGAUCCAAAUUGAGCUAACAAAGGCUGCAUUUGGCUCUUUUGGAAACUGGCUGGCAACAGUGGAGCAACGGGAAGAAAAGGAAUCUGAGCUUGAAUUGCAAAUGAAACUGUGGAAAUACAAUAAGAAAAUACAAGGGUUUGUCCUUAACACAAAGAUUAGCAUGCCACAUGACGACCACAUCACAGCUCUCUGUUUCUGUAAUGCAGAAAGGUCUGAAACCCCCACUUUGGUUACAGCUGGCAAAGAUGGUCAUUUCAAAGUGUGGAUAUUAACAGAUGAUUCUGAUAUAUACAAAAAAGCUGUUGGCUGGACCUGUGACUUUGUCGGCAGCUAUCACAAGUAUCAGGCGACUGACUGUUGUUUCUCUGAAGAUGGCUCUUUACUAGCAGUUAGUUUUGAAGAAAUAGUUACCAUAUGGGAUUCAGAAACCUGGGAACUUAAGUGUACAUUUUGCCAAAGAGCUGGGAAAAUAAGGCACCUUUGCUUCGGGAGAUUAACGUGCUCGAAGUAUCUUCUGGGUGCUACUGAAAAUGGCAUUCUCUGCUGUUGGAAUCUGCUCAGUUGUGCAUUGGAAUGGAGUGCGAAGUUAAAUGUUAGAGUGAUGGAACCUGAUCCACAUUCAGAGAAUGUUGUUGCAGUCUCUCGGUCUUCAGGGGGUUCAGACUUGUUUGUAUUUAAACCUAGUGAGCCAAGACCUUUGUAUAUUCAGAAGAAUAUUUCCAGAGAAGAAGUCCAGUGGGGAGUGUUUGUUCCCCGAGAUGUCCCUGACUCAUUCACCUCAGAAGCUUACCAGUGGCUAAACAGAUCCCAGUUUUACUUCCUAACAAAAUCACAGAGCUUACUGACUUUCAGUACAAAGUCUCCUGAAGAGAAGCUCACACCAACUAGCAAACAGCUGCUAGCAGAAGAAAGUCUUCCAACAACCCCAUUUUAUUUCAUACUGGGAAAGCACAGGCAACAACAGGAUAAAAAACUAAAUGAAACUUUAGAGAAUGAACUGGUACAGCUACCUUUAACAGAGAACAUACCUGCGAUUAAUGAGCUUCUUCACACGCCAGCCCACGUGCUGCCUUCUGCUUCUUUCCUCUGUUCCAUGUUCAUAAAUUCCUUGUUGCUGUCUGCAGAGACCAAAAGUGCUGAGGAAAUUCCCAAUGAUGUCAAUAUGGAAGAAGAAAAAGAAAGUGAUGAUUCAGAUGAAGAAAACAAUUUUACGGAACACGUCCAGACUACAAAUAACGCAGAUUUGGAAGAAGACAUUGUAUAUCAGUUGUCAAAAUCUGAAGAAAAAGAACUGAGGAAAUUCAGGAAAGUAGACUACAGCUGGAUUGCUGCACUUUAGGCCUUGGAGACCGGGUGGCCUGGGGAGACUUGCACUUUGUGUUUUUGCUUGUUGAUACCCAAAAAAUAUUUUUUUAAUGUUAUUUCUGUUCUUAAAAUAUUAAAUGUUGACCAAAAAACUAGUAAUACA